AUGAACGGAACCUCCACUCCUGGGACUCCUAGCCAGAAAAGCAUGAAGCGACGAAAGGCAGAAAAACAGCAACUGAACACAUUCGAAGCCAAGGUGGAGUUACUCCUGAACGAGGCCGACGUCAUUCAAGACCAAAACAAGGUCCUUCAAAACCAAAAUGAACGCCUCGAGGAGCAGCAGAUCGGCCUCCAGGCGAACUUACGGAAAGCCGAGAAAAAGGCCACCAGGGACUCUAGCCGCACGAGGAGCGUGGAACGACGCCUAUUCGGCGAGGAAAAGGCGUCCACACACACGCCUCGGAUUAGCAAAGUCUGGCUCGACCAUACCCCAGAAUUCAACCAAGAGGGGUACACCACUAGAGGACUUACCCCGCAGAAAGGAGGGGAAGGUGAAGCCGAAACCGACCCCCCAGCCACCACCGCCAACGAGAUCGACCUAAGAGAAGCUAUGAGAGCCAUGAUCAAAGGGGAGAUAGGGAGCGUCUGGGACCGACUCGGCAAGGUCGAGAAAACCUAUCACCCACUUGUCCCCUCGUUCUCCGAGGACGAGAUCCCCUUUCCCUAUACGAAGGACCUCAUCAACUCGGUCGUGGUAGGAGACACAAAGGCACCCAAAAUCACCCUCUAUAAAGGUCUCACUGACCCCUACGAUUACCUCGACAGCUUCUGCUACGCCAUGGAGGGCAAGGGAGCGACGAGGCCACCAAGUGCUGACUCUUCCUGA